AUUCUUUUCAUUUACCUUUGCCGGAAGUAGUUUUUAGCCGGUGAAGGGGUUAAAAACACACAUCCGGUAGCGUCCAGCACACAAGUAAACAUGGCAUUAAGAUUAGCACCAAAUUUGCUUCGUUCAUUAAGACUAACAAGUGUCAGAGCAAUGUCACAAGUUGGAGGUUUUGGUGAAGGAGCUGGAAAGGGUGGUGGCGCCGGAGGAUCAAUCAGAGAUGCUGGUGGUAGUUUUGGUAAAAUGGAGGCUGCACAUGAAGAGGAAUAUUUCAGAAAACUGAACGCUGCACACAUGGAGGAAAUUAAAAAGCACCACAAGGAGGAGAUGGAGGCACAUAUUAGAGAUAAUAUAGAACAUUUGGAAGCAAAUGUUAAAUCAGCUGAGGAAGCAAUUAAAAGACAUAAGAAGAGGUUGGCAGAACUUCGAAAAGAUGAUUCGGAUUCCGAUUGAUCUUCUACGUGUUGACAUUGCAUGGAUAUGAACGAGUGAUUCUAUAUAUAUUUCGAAACUUCUACUAUUUCCAUUCUAUAAAAUUUAGAUGUAACUCAGGAGUAGUGCUGAUACAACGUUUUUGAGGUGAAAUCUGUGUUACCAUAGAGUUGAUAAAAUAUUCACUGGAUAGGUAAUUUAGUUACAAUGUUAAAUUGUGAACAUUGUUGUAAGGUGUCAAAUACAGAAAGUGCUAUUAUGUCUUGUCUCUUGUAAAAUAGAGUUAUUGAAUGAAAAA